CCCGCUUUCCACUCUCUCUAUCCAACUAAACCGAAAAAAAAAAAAGAUAGCAGAUCAAUCUCUCUCUCUCUCUCUAGCUAUAGCUUAAGUACGGACUCUAUCUUCCUCAGAAACCCUAAAAAAGCCUGCUAUAUUCAAAGCCCGUCUCCUUUAUUUGGCUCUGCUUCUUCCGUCGCCAUUGAUGCUGCUGCUGCUUCUUCUUCUGGGUGUUUCAGCUUGCAGUUUUGGUUUUUCUUUUUCUUUUUUUCGUUGGAGUAUCUGAUUCGAUCACAGGAGCUGAUCAAGUUUAUUGACUCCAACCAUAGAAACAGUAACGAUCAAGAAUUUUGUCAGAUUCCACUUCUUUCCUGCCUUUUUGACACUUUUAAUUCGUUGUUCUUGUUCUCUCUCUCUCUACUCGAUAUAUUUUUGGCUCUUGCCAACUAGAGUGGGAGAGAAAAAGGAGGGCUACACAACUGGAUUUUUUAUUUUUAAAAUGUUAGAAUGCGGUCACUGCGCCUCCUCUGACGGUGAUCUCAUUUUCAGGACUACUAAAUCUACUAACAGUUCAAUGAGCAGCGAGAGUUGUAGUAGCUACAGCCGCCUUUCUUUUGAUCUUCUCACUUCAAGAUCCUCUCCCGAAAACCUCUCCCUCAAGCCCCACCGGUCCUCUGACUUGGCCUACUCCGCCAUCCGCUCCGCUACGUUCCGCCGCAAGUCCGGUCUCACCUUCCGUGACUUCCGCCUAACCCGCCGCAUCGGCUCCGGCGAUAUCGGUACUGUCUACCUCUGCCACCUUACAAGAGAGCAUAACAAGAAUUGUGGCAAGGAAAACGAUGAUGAUGACGAUGAGGAGGAAGAGGAGGAGGAUCGGUCAUGCUUUUAUGCGAUGAAGGUGGUGGACCAGGAGGCGUUGGCGGUGAAAAAGAAAAUGCAUAGGGCGGAGAUGGAGAAGAAGAUCUUGAAAAUGCUAGAUCAUCCAUUUUUACCCACUUUGUACGCAGAGUUUGAGGUGUCGCAUUUCUCUUGCAUUGUAAUGGAGUACUGUUCCGGUGGUGACUUGCAUUCUUUGAGACAUAAGCAGCCUCAGAAACGCUUCUCUCUCAGCACUGCAAGGUUUUAUGCAGCGGAGGUUCUUGUAGCUUUAGAAUACCUUCACAUGCUAGGAAUCAUCUACAGAGACCUAAAGCCUGAAAACGUUUUAGUCAGAUCCGAUGGUCACAUCAUGCUCUCAGAUUUUGACCUCUCAUUGUGCUCAGAUGCAGUCCCAGCAGUUGAAUCUCCAUCCUUCUCUCCGGAUUCUACUUCUCCAUCUGCCUUACCCUACACCCGAUCACACCCUAACAAGACCUUGUCAUGCCUCCUCAACCGGCUCUUCCCAUCCAAGAGAAUCCAAACUUUGAGCCCCUGCCGGUUAUUUGUCGCCGAGCCGGUCGCCGCGCGGUCUUGCUCGUUCGUUGGGACCCACGAGUAUGUGGCCCCGGAGGUCGCCUCUGGUGGCUCCCAUGGGAACGGAGUUGACUGGUGGGCCCUGGGGAUUUUUAUCUACGAACUCAUUUAUGGACGCACGCCAUUUGCAGCUCCAUCAAAUGAGAUGACACUGCGCAACAUCUUGGAAAAGCCCUUGAGUUUUCCAACCCAUUCCCCAUGCUCAUCGCUUGAGCUCCACGCGCGAGACCUGAUAUCGGGGCUGUUGAAUAGAGAUCCGAGCACUAGACUCGGGUCGAAGCGGGGAUCCGCCGACGUAAAAACCCACCCAUUUUUUAAAGGGCUUAAUUUCGCCCUAAUAAGGACGGUGGCACCCCCUGAGAUUCCCGGUUUACGAAGGCAAAGAACGGCAACGUUUUAUCACUCGAAGCCUAAAUCAACGGCGUUUGAUUACUUUUAAAUAGACCAAGGAAUUUGCGCCACGUGUUGAGCGAUUCCCUGCCAUAUUUUGCCAUUGGGGGGCAUAGAUUUGUAUAAAUUUUUGUGUCAUUUCUUAAUUUUUCCUUUUUGUUCUAAAUAUAAACCCAAUGUUUAGAUGACUUAAUCGACAUUAAAAAAAAUUAUAUUUACUCAAUAUGGAAAGUUUUAGAACUGAUGAAUGAGAAAAUCAUAAUUAAUAUAUAGAACUGGCACAUGAUUUGAUCUGACA